UCAAAUUUUGCUGCAGUGGUACAGCAAGAUGUAGGAGAGGACAACGGGCUUUGGGCAGUGGCACUGCUUUUUCAUCCGCUUCUGGAGCGCUGCUGGAGUCCCGAUGCCGGAUUUCCCGCAUGAGCUCCCCCGGUCUGCCAGGCCAUCACCUGCGGCUCUUCAUCGCCCUGUUUUAAGGGACGGGCCUAGGGGUAGCAGGCCGGCAGGGUGACGCCCCGGACGGGCACGGGGAGCAAGGGACGCGAGGGACGCGGGCCCAGGGGUCCCAGGGCCGGGCCGGGAGGCAGGCGCGGGGCGCACCCCUCGGCGUCCCCUCGGGGCGUUGUUCGCCCCCCGCGUCCUUCCUGCUUCCGGGGGCCGCCGCGGGGAGGAUUUGCCGCAGAUGACAUCAGCUGUGGAUGCUGGAAAGGCGGCGGCGGCGGCGCGGAGGAUGCGCCGGCUCCCCCCCUUCCUCCUCCUCCUCCUCACCAGGUCCCUGCCCUGCACCGUCUCCGUAUAAAAGCGCCGCCGCCUCCCCACCCGCCCUCACUCCCUCCUUGCCGCCUGCGGAGCUGCCGCCGAGCGGCCCCUCUGCGCCCAGCGCCCCGGAGCCGCGGGGCGGAGGCGAUGGCCACCGUAGUGGUGGAAGUGGACUCGGAGCCCUCCUGCAGCAUCCCCAACCCGACCUCCACCUCGCCCAGUCUCUCCCACCGCUUCCUAGACAGCAAGUUUUACCUGCUGGUGGUCAUCGGCGAGCUGGUGACCGAGGAGCACCUGCGGCGAGCCAUCACCAAUAUCGAGCGAGGAAUCCGAUCAUGGGACACAAACUUGGUCGAAUGCAACUUGGAUCAAGAACUGAAACUUUUUGUGUCUCGCCAUUCAGCUCGAUUCUCUCCUGAAGUUCGAGGUCAGAAGAUUCUUCACCACAGAAGUGAUGUCUUAGAAACUGUAGUUCUCAUCAAUCCCUCAGAUGAAGCAGUUAGUACUGAGGUGCGAUUAAUGAUCACAGAUGCUGCAAGGCACAAGCUCCUUGUUCUAACUGGCCAGUGCUUUGAAAACACAGGAGAACUCAUUCUUCAGUCAGGGUCCUUCUCCUUCCAGAACUUCAUUGAGAUCUUCACAGAUCAAGAGAUUGGUGAAUUGUUGAGCACCACACACCCUGCCAACAAAGCCAGCCUAACUCUUUUCUGCCCUGAGGAAGGGGACUGGAAAAAUUCCAACCUUGACAGACACAACCUUCAAGACUUCAUUAACAUUAAACUCAACUCAGCUUCCAUAUUGCCUGAGAUGGAAGGACUCUCUGAAUUCACUGAGUAUCUGUCAGAAUCAGUAGAAGUGCCAUCACCUUUUGACAUUUUGGAACCUCCAACCUCAGGAGGUUUCUUGAAGCUCUCCAAACCCUGCUGUUACAUUUUCCCAGGGGGAAGAGGGGACUCUGCAUUGUUCGCAGUGAAUGGAUUCAAUAUGCUUAUCAAUGGAGGAUCCGAAAGAAAAUCUUGUUUUUGGAAACUUAUCCGGCACUUGGACAGGGUAGAUUCCAUUCUACUCACUCACAUCGGAGAUGACAAUCUGCCAGGAAUCAAUAGCAUGCUUCAGCGAAAGAUAGCUGAACUAGAAGAGGAACAGUCUCAAGGGUCUACUACCAACAGUGACUGGAUGAAAAAUCUGAUCUCACCUGAUUUAGGAGUUGUGUUCCUUAAUGUACCUGAGAACCUGAAGAACCUGGAUCCUAAUUCUAGAGUAAAAAGGAGUGUAGAAGAAGCUUGUUUUACUCUCCAGUAUUUAAAUAAGUUGUCUAUGAAGCCAGAACCUCUUUUCAGAAAUACAGGAAAUACCAUUGACCCUAUCAUUUUAUUUCAGAAAAUGGGAGUUGGCAAACUUGAGAUGUAUGUGCUCAAUCCUGUCAAAAAUAGCAAAGAGAUGCAAUAUUUUAUGCAGCAGUGGAGUGGUACUAACAAAGAUAAAGCUGAAUUCCUGCUACCAAAUGGCCAAGAGCUAGACAUUCCAUUGUCCUAUUUCACCUCUGUCUCAUCCCUGAUUGUGUGGCAUCCAGCUAAUCCUGCAGAAAAAAUAAUCCGAGUUCUCUUUCCUGGAAACAGCACCCAGUACAAUAUUCUAGAGGGACUAGAAAAACUCAAACACUUAGACUUUCUUAAACAACCAAUGGUUACACAAAAAGACCUAACUGGGAACAUUGCUAGUCCAGCUGUGAAACAAGCGAAAUUGAAACAAAGAACAGAUAGCAAGGAGAGUCUGAAGCCUGCUGCAAAGACACCACCAAAUAAGCCUGUCAGAAAGGAAUCUAAAGAAGAAACACCAGAGCCUGUGAAGCCUAGUCCAGUACCAGAAAAGCCUCAGAAACUGGAAAGCAAAGAAAAAGUUCCAGUUAAAAAAGAAAAAUCAGCGAAAGUAGAGACCAAACCAAUAGCGGUGGAAAAAGACCUUGCAAGUAAGGAGGAACAGCUAGUGAAAUCUGAAGUUCCUGAAAAACAAAGUACAGAUGUAAAACCAAAAAUGUCAAAGGAGAAGACAGUGAAAAAGGAAGUCAAAGCAAAACCUGAAGAAAAGAAGGAGGACAAAGAAAAACCAAAGAAAGAGGUUUCUAAAAGAGAAGAGAAAACACCCCUCAAAAAAGAGGAAAAACCAAAAAAAGAAGAGAUCAAGAAAGAAGUUAAGAAAGAGAUGAAAAAGGAAGACAAGAAGGAAGCUAAGAAGGAAAUAAAGAAAGAAGCUUCAACAAAAGAAGCUAAAAAAGAAGCUAAAAAAGAAGAGAAGAAGGAAAUCAAGAAGGAAGACAAAGAAGCCAAAAAGGACAUCAAGAAGGUUCCUAAAGAAACCAAGAAGACAGCUACUCCUUCAAAUGAAGCCAAAAAGCCAGCAGCAAAGCCUAAACCACAAAAGAAGGAGGAACCUACUAAAAAAGAAGCAAUACCUGCUGGAAAGCCAAAGGAAAAAGGAAAAGUUAAAAGUGUGAAGAAGGACCUCAAAGUCAGUGGAGCACAAGCUGCCCUUGCAGCAGUUGGAGCCACAACUGUAGCAGCUGCAGAAAUUACAGCCGGUGGAAAGGAGCUUGAAGCAGAGAGAUCCCUUAUGUCUUCACCAGAGGAUUUAACAAAGGAUUUUGAGGAAUUAAAAGCUGAAGAAGUUGAAACAAUAAAGGAAACAAAAUCUCAAGUUGCACUUAUAAAGGAUGAUCUGAAACUCACUGGCACAGUACAAAAAGACACUUUUGAAGUACAAAAAGAAAAAUUGGAUAAUGAAGGACCUGCUGAGUCAUCCGAUGAAGGCAUAACUACCACAGAGGCUGAGGGUGAGUGUGAACAGACACCUGAAGAGUUGGAACCUGUGGAAAAACACAAGGUUGAUGACAAUGAAAAGUUUGAAGAUGAGGGAACUGGCUUGGAAGAAUCAUCUGAAGCAGAUUAUGAAGAAAAGGCAGAGACAGAAGAAGCUGAAGAACGAGAUGAAAAUGAAGUAGAAAAAACACAACUGGAUGCCACAAAACCAUUUCUGGAAGAAUCAAGAAAAAUUACAGGUGUCUCAGAAAAAGUAAUGACUCAAGUAGAUACUAACAUUAAAGAUGAAAAUUAUAUUGAAAAGGCAGAUUAUGAGGCAUCCGAUGAACGAGCUGAAGAAGACAGGGAAGAAGCAAUAGAAAAGGCAGAAACUGAAGAGACUGAAGAAGAUGAGGAGGACAAAGCAGAAGACAUCAGAGAUGAAGAAGAAACUGAAAAAACAGAAGCCGAAGAAGAUUAUGUGAUGGCUGUGGUAGACAAAGCUGCAGAAUCUGGUGAAGCCGAUGAUAAGUAUGGCUUACUCAUCAUUACACCAACUAAACGCUCAGAGUCUCAGUCUCCUGUGAUUGAACCAGCUUCUUCUAUCCAUGACGAGACACUGCCUGGUGGUUCAGAAAGUGAAGCCACUGUUUCUGAUGAAGAAAAUAGAGAAGAUCAGCCUGAGGAAUUCACUGCUACUUCAGGUUACACACAGUCCACCAUUGAAAUAUCCAGUGAACCAACUCCAAUGGAUGAAAUGUCAACACCCCGAGAUGUCAUGAGCGAUGAAACUAACAAUGAGGAAAGCGAGUCACCCUCUCAGGAGUAUGUGAACAUUACCAAGUAUGAGACAUCACUAUAUACUCAAGAGUUCAGCAGAGCUAAACUUUCUCCACUUCCAGAUGCUUUUAAUGGGUUAUCGGAAGGAUCCAAAACAGAGGCCACAGAAGGUAAGGAUUAUAAUGCCUCAGCUUCCACCAUCUCACCACCCUCUUCAUUAGAAGAAGACAAAUUCUGCAAAUCUGCAUUCCAAGAUGUAUACCGGCAAAGAGAAAGUGAAAUCCAAGGCACUGACAAAUUAGAAAUCAGAGAACCCUAUCAAGAAGAUGGUGGAAAACAUAGUUCAGCCAAGAGUCCAGCUGACAGUUUGUCCCCUCCAUCGCCUGUUGCCAAAACACCACUGAGUGAACGUAGUGUAAACUUUUCACUCACUCCCAAUGAGAUCAAGGUUCCUUCUGAGUCUGUUCCCCCAGCUAAAUUACCUGAUGUACACCAAGAAGUUGCUGAAGAGCACUGCACAAGCCCUGAUGAUAAAACAUUAGAAGUAGCAUCUCCAUCACAGUCUGCUGCUGGUAGUGCUGGCCACACACCUUAUUAUCAGUCUCCCACUGAUGAAAAGUCCAGUCAGCUUCCCUCUGAAACCAGUGAAAAGUCAACAGAAGUUCCUGUUAGCUUUGAGUUCAGUGAAGAAAAAGAUGAGUCUGCGAAAUGCAGAAUAAGCCCUAUGGAUGAGCCCGUGCCAGAUUCAGAAUCUCCUAUUGAAAAGGUUCUUUCACCUCUGCGGAGUCCUCCACUGAUAGGUUCAGAGACCACUUAUGAUACAUUUUUGAGUGCUGAUUUAAAGUCUCCCACCAGAGAUUCUGGAAGCCCUUCUGAGGAGAAACCUGAAAAAGAAAAAUCACCUGUUCAGAUGAGCCCAGCUUCUGAAGCAAGCUCUGUGGGCCUCUUCCAAGAAAAACAAGAUGAAAAAAGCAUGGAAUUUAUGGUAAUUAAGGAAGGCUUCAGCCUGGAAAGGAAAAUGGAGGAUACAGAGCCCAGCAGCUCCCAGUCUUCACUGGUCUUGGAUGAGCGGAAGUUAGCAGGUGAUCUCUCACCGACUCAAAUAGAUAUCAGUCAGUUUGGUUCUUUAAAAGAAGAUACUAAAAUGUCAAUUUCUGAAGGCACUGUCUCUGACAAGUCUGCAACUCCUGUUGAUGAAGUUGUUGCAGAAGACACCUAUUCCCAUAUAGAAGGAGUAGCUUCUGUCUCUACAGCAUCUGUUGCCACUAGUUCAUUUCCAGAACCAACUACUGAUGAUGUAUCUCCUUCUUUACAUGCUGAGGUUGGUUCUCCCCACUCUACUGAAGUUGAUGAUUCCCUUUCAGUGUCAGUUGUACAAACACCAACAACUUUUCAGGAAACAGAAAUGUCCCCAUCUAAAGAAGAGUGCCCAAGGCCUAUGUCAAUUUCUCCACCAGAUUUCUCGCCUAAAACUGCAAAAUCAAGAACACCAGUGCUUGAUCACAGAUCUCCUGAGCAGUCAGCUAUGUCAGUAGAAUAUGGUCGGGAGUCACCUGAGCAGUCUUUAGCAAUGGAUUUUAGUAGGCAGUCUCCAGAAUAUCCUGCUGUAGGCACUGGUGUACACCAUAUAUCUGAAAAUGGACCAACGGAAGUAGAUUAUAGCCCUUCAGAUAUACAGGAGUCUCCUUUUGCACAGAAGAUUUCACCUGUGGAACAGUCAUCUUACUCUCAAGAGAAAGAUAUUUCAGAAAUUAUUUCAGUUUCUCAAAUUGAAGCUUCAUCCUCAACUUCAUCAGCUCAUACACCUUCCCAGGUAGCUUCACCAUUGCCAGAGGAAACUUUUUCAGGUGGUGUUCCACCCAGAGAGAUGUCACUGCAUUCUUCUUUUACCUCAGAAAAGGUGCAGAACCUGGGAGAAAAGCUCUCACCAAAAUCUGACCUGUCUCCACUAACUCCAAGGGAAUCUUCUCCCCUGUAUUCUCCUACUUUUCCAGAUUCACCUCCUGCAAUCACAGAAGCAGUGUCAGCUAGUCACACACCUUUGUUGUCACAGCGGGUGUCUUCUGUCAAAGCCUUUGGUUAUCAGGAACCCCUAUCAAAGCACAGUCCAGAACCUUUACUCAGUCCAGACAAAGAAGAUUCAGAGAAAAGCAGCAGGUCACCAGAAGAACUUAGUUAUUCAUAUGAGGCCAGAGAGAAAAGUACAAGGUCACCAGAGAAUAUCAGCUAUUCCUAUGAGGCAGUCAGAAAAUCUACUAGAUCACCUCAAGCCAUGGAUUAUUCCUUUGAGUCAAGCAGAAAAACUACUAGGUCUCCUGAGACCACAGAUUAUUCCUAUGAGAUAACCAGGAACACUACUCGGUCACCCGAGGGUACAGACUAUUCAUAUGAGAUAAUUGCAAAAAAUAUGAGGUCAUCUGAUGUCACAGAUUAUUCUUAUCAGAUAACAGGGAAAACUACCAGGUCACCAGGGGCCACAGAUUAUUCCUAUGAGACAGCUGGGAAAACCCCCAAAUCACCUGAAGCCACAGAUUAUUCCUAUGAGUUAACUGGGAAAGCUACCAGAUCACCUGAUACUAUGGAUUAUUCCUAUGAGACAACAAGGAAAACCUCUAAGUCACCAGAAGCCGUUGGCUACUGCUAUGAGACAAUUGGGAGAACCACCAGGUCAUCAGAGGGCAUGACUUACUCUUAUGAGACAGCUGGGAAAACCUCCAGUUCACCUGAAGCCACAGAUUACUCAUUUGAGACAACUGGGAGAGCUACCACUGGGAGGUCACCUGAAGCUGCCAGCUAUUCCUAUGAAGCAAGUGCACAUUUUACUCCAAGUAAAUCGUUAGCAGAAUCCCGUCAAGAUGUUGACUUGUGCCUUGUGUCCUCUUGUGAAUAUAAACAUCCCAAAACUGAGCUUUCGCCUUCAUUUAUCAACCCAAAUCCUCUUGAGUGGUUUGCAAGUGAAGAACAGUCUCAAGAUCAAGAGAAGCCACUGACUCAGUCUGGGGGAGCUCAGCCUCCUUCUGGGGGAAAGCAGCAAGGGCGGCAGUGUGAUGAAACUCCUCCCACAUCUGUGAGCGAGUCUGCCCCAUCUCAGACUGAUUCGGAUGUUCCCCCGGAGACUGAGGAAUGCCCCUCCAUCACCGCAGAUGCUAACAUUGACUCAGAAGAUGAGUCGGAAACCAUUCCAACGGACAAGACAAUUACGUACAAACACAUUGACCCACCACCUGUCCCAAUGCAGGAUCGCAGCCCAUCUCCCAGACAUCCUGAUGUUACCAUGGUUGAUCCAGAGGCUCUGCCAGUUGAACAGAAUUUAGGUAAACCUUUGAAGAAGGACCUCAAAGAAAAGACAAAGACAAAAAAGCAGGGUACCAAGACCAAGUCAUCUUCUCCUGUUAAAAAAAGUGAUGGUAAAUCAAAACAAGUGGCUUCACCAAAGCCAGCUACAAAAGAAUCUUUAGACAAAAUUUCCAGAACAGCUUCUCCAAAAAAGAAGGAAUCUGUGGAGAAGGCAACCAAAAAUAUCUCUAAUCCAGAGGUAAAGUCUCGAGUGGAAGAGAAAGAUAAGGAUACCAAGAAUGCAGCAAAUACAACAACAUCCAAGUCGGCAAAGACUGCAACCACAGGACCUGGGAAUACUAAGGUGGCAAAAUCUACAGCAGUGCCUCCAGGACCUCCAGUGUAUUUGGAUCUGGUGUACAUUCCCAACCACAGCAAUAGCAAGAAUGUUGAUGUUGAGUUUUUCAAGAGGGUGCGGUCAUCCUACUAUGUGGUGAGCGGUAAUGAUGCUGCGGCCGAGGAGCCAAGCAGGGCUGUUCUGGACUCCCUGCUGGAGGGCAAGGCACAGUGGGAGAGUAACAUGCAGGUGACUUUAAUCCCAACCCAUGACUCAGAAGUGAUGAGGGAAUGGUAUCAAGAGACGCAUGAGAAACAGCAGGAUCUCAACAUCAUGGUUUUGGCAAGCAGCAGCACUGUUGUUAUGCAAGAUGAAUCUUUUCCUGCAUGCAAGAUUGAACUGUAAGAACAAGACCGUGCAUCACAAGAUUAAACUUUGUUUCCAGAAAUUCUUCAGUUUGAAAACACCUUGCCUGAAAAUUCAAGUCAUCUAUUUCAACUGCUGAACUAUAUACUUGCCAAAUGCUAUACUGUGUCACAGUGAUGCAAGUCACUAAUAUUUUUCAGUCUUUGUUGGUUGCUAAGGGAAAUAACAGUCUUCCCAUAGUAGAGUACAAAUUGCUGCGAAAAUACAGAUCCAGUUGCAUCUCCACUGAACAUUUUGAAACCAUGCACUAGCAACCCCAAUUGACUUUUGCCAGGUAGAGGCAUAUGCCCUCUAAAGAAACACAAAGAGAGAAAGAGAGAGAGGGGUAGGAGGAGAAAGUAAAUUAUUAGGUCUGCAUUAGUCUCAUGGCAAUAGAUGUAUCGCUUACUACAGUCUGCUUAUGUUCUCACAUAAGAAGAAAGUUUUAAAUUUUUAUCAAUAUGAGCUAUCACUAUGGGGAUCCUUUUUUUAAAGAAUUAAGUUAGCUCAAACA